AUGGAUAUGCCUGUGAAUGUGCCCAUUGAUGACCCAAACGCUGACACAGAAUGGAAUGAUAUCCUUCGGAAACAUGGGAUUAUACCAGAAAAGCCUCCAUCCCCCACGCCAAUUAUAGAAGAAGCAAUUGAAAAGGCUCGUCAGCUUGAGCACGAGAACCGGCUGGAAGACAAGACCUUGGACGAACUCGAUGCCCUUGAGGACGAAGAAGACGAGGAAUUCCUGGAACAAUACCGAAAAAAGCGGUUUCAGGAAUUGUCGCGGAUACAGCAGACGAGCAUCCACAACCAAGUCUACCCGCUCCAAAAGCCGGACUACGCCAAAGAUGUCACAGAAGCAUCCUCUAAAUACUUUGUGCUAGUGCACCUUACAUCCUCAUUGGGAAACAACAUAGAAUCCCGUAUACUCACCGACAUAUGGCGGCAACUGGCUGCCAAGUACGGGGAUAUCAAGUUUUGUGAGAUGCGCGCCGACUUGUGUAUUGAGGGGUAUCCUGAGCGAAACACACCUACCAUACUCGCCUAUAAGGACGGCGACAUUAAGAGGCAGAUCAUUACCCUACGAGAGCUGAACGGGGCACGGACGCGAGCCGAGGAUGUGGAAAAAGUGCUUGUUGCACUGGGCGCCUUGGAUGAACAUGAUAGCCGGUUGAAGCAGGCGUCUAGUACGCCGAAGCCGGCUGAGAAAGAUGAAGAUGAUUACGACGACUGGGAUUGA